ACUGCAAGGACCCAACUAAAGCUUAAAGGCCUGCUUCGUACAAAGUAGUUAUCCAUAUUACUUCUUCCCUUUCUUAGCCCGAUCCGACCCACCCAGUUCAUCUCUCGCUCUUUUCCUCCAAAGUAUUCCGGUGAAAGAUCGGAGCCCCGUUCGUCACUUCAGGGACAUGGAACAUCCAGAAAACGAGUCUCGUUCUGGUGGUGAACAAAGCCAAGGCAAGCCAGAUGAUGAGGAAGCUGGGGCUCGCCUCGAAGAAUUUAAGAAAUCAGUGGAGUUUAAAAUGACUCUUCGUCAGAGUAACCUAAAUCCUGAAAGUCCUGAGCCAAGUUUCCUCAGGACACUAGAUUCCAGCAUUAAGCGCAACACUGCAGUUAUUAAGAAACUGAAGCAGAUUAAUGAAGAACAGCGUGAAAGUUUAAUGGAUGAAUUGCGAAGUGUCAACUUAAGCAAAUUUGUUAGUGAAGCAGUGACCGCUAUCUGUGAAGCGAAGCUUAGAACAUCAGACAUCCAAGCAGCAGUCCAGAUCUGUUCUCUGCUCCAUCAGAGGUAUAAAGAUUUCUCCCCAAGUUUGGUUCAAGGGCUCCUAAAAAUCUUUUUUCCUGGAAAAACCCUGGAGGACCCAGAUGCUGAUAAGAAUUCAAGGGCCAUGAAGAAGCGCAGCUCGCUCAAACUCCUUUUGGAACUAUAUUUCGUUGGUGUGGUUGAUGAUUGUAGUGUUUUCGUCAAUAUUAUUAAGGAUCUUACGAGCAUGGAGCACCUAAAGGAUCGUGAUGCAGCUCAGACCAAUUUGUCCCUUCUUUCUAGUUUUGCUCGGCAAGCUAGAUUCUUUCUUGGACUUCCGCUGUCUGGACAAGAAAUUCUUGAAGAGUUUUACAAAGGACUUAACAUUACACCAGAGCAGAAGAAAUUUUUCAAAAAGGCUUUUCAUGUAUACUAUGAUGCAGCGGCAGAGCUUCUUCAGUCAGAGCAUACGUCACUGCGCCAAAUGGAGCACGAAAAUUCAAAAAUAUUAAAUGCAAAAGGCGAGCUAAGUGAGGAGACUGCAACUGCAUAUGAAAAGCUCCGGAAGUCGUAUGACCAUCUAUAUCGUGGUGUUUCUGCUUUAGCUGAAGCCCUUGACAUGCAACCUCCCGUGAUGCCAGAGGAUGCCCACACAACUAGGGUCACUACAGGGGAGGAUGCAUCAUCUCCUGGUCCUGGGAAAGAUUCUUCUACCCUUGAAGCAAUAUGGGAUGAUGAAGAUACAAGAGCUUUCUAUGAAUGCUUACCAGACCUCAGAGCAUUUGUUCCUGCAGUAUUAUUGGGAGAAUCAGAGUCCAAGGUGAAUGAUCAAUCUGCAAAGACACAUGAGCAAUCAAGUGAUUUGACUACUGAAUCGGACCAGCAGAUUGUUACACAAGAUAUUGCAGAGGUUUCUAUAGGUUCUGAAGUUUCACAGGAUUGCAAAAAUGAAAAAGGAAAGGAAAAGGAUGAUAGUAAUGAUAAAGAAAAAGCCAAAGAAUUAGAGAAAGGAAAAGAGAAGGAAGCUGAUCGAAAAGGUGAUGCUGAAAAAGAGAAACUUAAAAAUCCUGAAGGAACCAAUCUGGACGGUUUGUUGCAGAGGCUCCCAGGUUGUGUUAGCCGAGACCUAAUUGAUCAAUUGACGGUGGAGUUUUGCUACGUGAAUUCAAAAUCUAGUCGCAAAAAGCUCGUGAGGGCUUUAUUUAGUGUCCCCAGGACAUCUCUAGAGUUGCUCCCGUAUUAUUCGCGCAUGGUGGCUACUCUGUCGACUUGUAUGAAGGAUGUGUCUUCUAUGCUCAUACAGUUGUUGGAAGAAGAAUUUAACUUUUUGCUGAAUAAGAAGGAUCAAAUGAAUAUAGAAACUAAGAUCCGCAAUAUUCGGUUUAUCGGAGAACUCUGCAAAUUUAAAAUUGCACCUGCGGGCCUUGUUUUUAGCUGUCUAAAGGCAUGUUUGGAUGAUUUUACUCAUCAUAAUAUUGAUGUUGCUUGUAAUCUCCUUGAGACCUGUGGCCGUUUUCUUUACCGUUCACCUGAAACUGCUGUACGCAUGGCUAACAUGCUGGAGAUAUUGAUGCGCUUAAAGAAUGUGAAAAAUCUUGAUCCUCGUCACAGCACUCUUGUAGAGAAUGCUUAUUACUUGUGCAAGCCACCAGAAAGAUCUGCACGAGUCUCUAAAGUUCGUCCUCCAUUACAUCAGUAUAUUAGAAAACUUCUAUUCUCGGAUCUUGACAAGUCAUCAAUUGAACACGUGCUGAGACAACUUCGUAAACUACCAUGGAGUGAAUGUGAGCCCUAUCUUUUGAAAUGUUUCAUGAAGGUUCACAGGGGGAAGUAUGGUCAGAUACACUUGAUUGCUUCACUUACUGCUGGCUUGAGUAGAUAUCAUGAUGAAUUUGCUGUUUCUGUUGUUGAUGAGGUCUUGGAAGAAAUUAGGGUUGGCUUGGAGUUGAAUGAUUAUGGAAUGCAGCAACGGCGCAUUGCACACAUGCGUUUCUUGGGGGAAUUAUACAACUAUGAACAUGUGGAUUCCUCUGUCAUUUUUGACACACUUUACUUGAUUCUCGUUUUUGGCCACGGAACAGCUGAGGAAGAUGUAUUGGAUCCACCAGAAGAUUGUUUCCGUAUCAGGAUGGUUAUAACGCUUCUUGAAACAUGUGGACAUUAUUUUGAUCGAGGUUCCUCAAAGAGAAAGCUUGAUAGAUUCCUUAUUCACUUUCAGAGAUACAUAUUAAGCAAAGGAGCAGUGCCACUGGAUAUUGAGUUUGACUUGCAGGACUUAUUUGCAGACUUGCGUCCCAACAUGACCAGAUAUUCAUCUGUUGAAGAGUUAGAUGCAGCUCUCGCUGUACUUGAAGAGCAUGAACGUAAAAAUUUAAGUGAAAAAAAUAAUACUGAGAAACACUUGGACACAGAAAAAGUAUCUAGUGGACAAUUGGGGCGUAGUUCAGUUAAUGGACAAAUGCUUUCGGAUGGUGUCAAGGCAAAUGGCGAGGCACACGAAGAGGCAACAGAGGACACUGACACAGACUCUGGAAGUGACACAAUUGGUCCAGCUGGACACUAUGAUGAGGAAGAGCUGGAUGAAGAGAAUCACGAUGAGACUCAUGACAGUGAAGAGGACUACUCAGAUGGGGGUGAUAAUGCUUCUGAUGAAGAUGAUGAAGUCCGGGUUCGGCAGAAGAUUACGAAAGUGGAUCCUUUAGAAGAAGCUGACUUCGAUAGAGAAUUCAGAGCUCUGAUGCAGGAGAGCUUGGAGUCCCGUAAAUUGGAAUUGCGGGCUCGGCCAACUUUGAAUAUGAUGAUACCGAUGAACAUAUUUGAAGGACCUACGAAAGAUCAUCAUGGAAGAGGAGUGGAAGGUGAAAGUGGUGAUGAUACUUUGGAUGAAGAGGCAGGAGGAAGUAAGGAGGUUCGGGUUAAAGUUCUUGUAAAGCGUGGCAGCAAGCAGCAAACAAAAGAGAUGUUUAUACCCCGAGAUUCCACACUUGUGCAAAGUACCAAACAGAAAGAAGCUGCUGAGCUUGAGGAGAAGCAAGACAUCAAAAGGUUGGUUCUGGAGUAUAAUGAUAGAGAGGAGGAGGAGCUGAAUGGAUUAGGCAACCAACCAAAUAGCUGGAUUCAAAGUGGUGGUGGUAGAGCUUCUAGCCGAGGCCACGCAUGGGAUGGGCAUGGUGGGAGGGGUGCUGGAUCACGUCAUCGGUAUCAUCACCAUUCUGGGGGUGGGAUAUUUUAUAGCAGAAGAAGAUAAGGUUGACCAACACUUGGAAAGUAAAGAGACCAAAGAAGCUUGGGGAAGAACAUAUUCCCCCCGCCCCAAAGAAACCCUUCAACAUACUAAACCAGUACAUUCAGUUUAAUCCUUGUGGGAUGCUUGCCGUUGUUUGCGGAGGUAUCAUACAGGUCCUAAAUUAACUUUUGGUUCCUUCGAUGCAUAUUUUUAAGUCGGUGGUUCUAGCUUAUUAGUACAGGCAGGGUUGCAGAGUAAUAGAUAUAGGAGUUUGCAGAUUGGGAUCUGUCUGCUAAAAGCUUCACAAGAGUGAGCUGUCAGUGUUUAUCUAUGUAUAUAAGUUGUCAACAAGAAAGGAAAUUGAUCAGUGUGUAACAGUGUGUUAUGUUUGUGCAUGCAAAUUUCAGCUUUGUACUUGGAUCUUUCAGUAGUAAAUGGUACAGGAUUUCCAAGAAAAAGAUGGCCAAAUUACAAGAAGUCGUCAAAAUUACACCAGUACAGGACAAGGACAUCAAAUAUUACAUGCAUUGCAAUCUACUUUUUUGUUUGGAUUCGUAAUUUUGUCGAUGAACUAGUCUUUUCAUUUUUAUGGAAUGUGAACAAAUUGCUUCAGAGUUCAAUUUGAA